AUUUUUCUGCGUUGACAUAAAAUCAUUUUUAUGUUCUUUGUAACAUAUUCUUUGAUAUAUAUUGUACUAGAUAUAUGUAUAGAUACAUAUGAUAUUACCGAUCUACCGUCAAAUGACAUUCCAUACCUAAUGAUAGUUUACAAACUUUAUUAGUAAGAAACGCCAUUACGUUAUAAAAACGAAGUGCUUCCAUAAACAGCGUAUUUGUUAUUCAGAAUAACAUUUCGAAAUCGAUAACAUAACUACAAAAUUAUGUUAUUGUACCGAAUGGAUUGCAGUUCGAAUUCUUGAAAUCUAACCUUAAAAUGUUCAUAAAGCGUGUUUGUUGAUGUAUAUUUUGAAAUUUGAAAAAGGUGAUAAAUAUCAUAAAUAUUUAUAAAUAUUGCUUUCAUAUCUAUUUCUUCAUGUGCUCGAUGCCAAAGGCAAAUGCUUUAAAUUCUUUUACUCGAUGUCCUGGAUUAUAUUGUGGAAGGGAAUUACUGCCUGAUGGCAACUGGAGUGACUGUGGUGCAUGUCCUCGAGGGUUCAGGGCAAAUGCCACUUCGAUGUGUAUUUCUUGCGAAGACGGACCAAUGCUCUAUGAUUGGUUCUAUUUAGGAUUUGUGGCACUACUGGCAUUAUUAUUACAUUGGGUUUGCAUUGAUAUAAUAUCUAUGAUGCGUAAUAUACCAAAAAAAGUGUUUCCGUUAUAUUUGUCUGCUGUAGUAGAAGUUGUUUCUGCAUCUGUGAUUACUUUACAAGUAACCGAUCCUGUAGGUAGUUUUGCAAUUAGAGCAUGUAGAAUUACAAAACUCUCAGAUUGGUAUACAUUGUUCUACAAUCCUACCCCAAAUUAUGAAGAAACUCUGCAUUGUACACAGGAAGCUGUUUAUCCAUUGUACACAAUGGUGUUCAUUUUUUAUGGUUUAGGGGUAGCUAUAAUGUUAUUAAUAAGGCCAAUUAUAGCCAAGAAAUUCGUACCAAAGAAAGGAAAAUUUACAAUUUAUGCUGCUCUUUAUUUCUAUCCCAUUCUAGCUUUAUUACAUGCAGUUGGCGGUGGUAUAAUAUAUUAUUCAUUCCCAUAUAUAACUAUAACGCUGUCUAUACUAUUUAAUGCAGCACAUUUUUCAUUUAAAUUAAAUCAGUCAAUGAAAGCAUUGUUGUUGAGCUGUGUAACAGAUAUAAAAAAUGUAAUAAUUAUUUUAAGUCAUUGGAUGUUAUAUGGAUAUGGUUUAGUAGCUGCUGCAACUUAUCGAGAUCUCGGCAUUCAUCCAGCAUUAAUUGCUUUAGUUCCUUUACCUGCAUUGUUUUAUAUUAUUACUGUAAGAUUCACAGAUCCGCAUAAACUUCAUAUAGAAUAAAUACAAUUAUAAAACCUA